UUUGUGCUCCCGUUGAGUCGCUAGACGGAGGCCUAUCCGCGAGACCAGCACGGGCACUGCGAGCAGUUUAAAAGCAUUAAACGCGACAUAUAAUCGCUGUGGGAUGAGUUUGGGCGACCGGGCUCGUGUUUUGAGUGACUGAGGGGAGUUUGUAAGGAGUACCGGGCGCUCGGGUGUUGUUUUUUGGGGGCAGCUGAGUGAUCAUUGGCAGAGUUCAAUACACAGCAGCUCGCUCGCGAGGGGAAUAAACAAACACUUAACACCUUCAAACACCUUGGAUUCGCUCCACUUACAUGGGCUUUCGAGGAUCUAUACGCUGCAUUUGACCAACACAUCACAGAAGAAGAAAAGUGCAGUUAUUUGAUAUUUUAGGUUUCAACCCCAGAUGUCUAUAAAGAGCUCAAAGGUCCAUAUUCAGCUGUUCCUCUUGCAUUAAAGGUAAUUCCGGCUUUGUACUUCUAAACACCUGCUUGACCCGAAACUCGGCGCCCCCUCCCCCAACCUCCCUGCCUCCCUGUCCUACACCCCACACAGCCCCUAACCCAGCAUGAACGAGGUCAGCAUCGUCAGAGAGGGCUGGCUCCACAAGAGAGGUGAAUACAUUAAGACUUGGAGGCCCCGGUAUUUCAUUCUAAAGAGUGAUGGCUCUUUCAUCGGCUACAAGGAGAAGCCUGAGACGUCAGACCACAAUCAGCCACCUCUCAACAACUUCUCAGUUGCAGAAUGUCAGCUAAUGAAGACUGAAAGACCUCGACCGAACACAUUUGUCAUCCGCUGCUUACAGUGGACCACUGUUAUCGAGCGCACCUUCCAUGUGGACAGCAAUGCUGAAAGAGAGGAGUGGAUACACGCAAUCCAGGCUGUAGCCAAUGGGCUCAAGUCCCAGGAAGAUGAGGAGCCAAUGGAAUUUGGUUCCCCUGGAGACAACAGCCUGGAGGGGAUGGAGGCUGCCAUUGCAAAGUCCCGCACCAAAGUGACAAUGAGUGACUUUGACUACCUGAAACUGCUGGGUAAGGGCACGUUUGGAAAGGUAAUUCUGGUUAGGGAAAAGGCCACUGGCAUGUACUACGCCAUGAAGAUUUUGCGCAAGGAGGUCAUCAUCGCUAAGGAUGAGGUCGCACACACAAUCACAGAAAGCCGAGUCUUGCAGAAUACGCGGCACCCCUUCCUUACGACACUAAAAUAUGCCUUCCAAACACGUGACCGGCUGUGUUUCGUCAUGGAGUACGCAAAUGGCGGCGAGCUAUUCUUCCACUUGUCACGAGAGCGUGUGUUUACGGAGGACAGAGCUCGCUUCUACGGGGCUGAAAUCGUUUCAGCAUUGGAGUAUCUGCACUCUAAAGAUGUCGUCUACAGGGACCUAAAGCUGGAGAAUCUAAUGUUGGAUAAAGACGGUCACAUUAAAAUCACAGAUUUUGGCCUGUGUAAAGAGGGCAUUACUAAUGAGGCCACCAUGAAGACAUUCUGUGGGACCCCAGAGUAUCUUGCUCCAGAGGUAUUAGAAGACAAUGAUUAUGGCCGUGCAGUGGACUGGUGGGGUCUGGGAGUGGUCAUGUAUGAAAUGAUGUGUGGCCGGCUGCCAUUCUAUAACCAGGACCAUGAGCGUUUGUUUGAACUCAUUUUAAUGGAGGAGAUUCGUUUUCCCAGAAACCUCUCACCCGAAGCCAAAGCCCUGCUGGCUGGCCUGCUCAAGAAGGACCCCAAACAGAGGCUCGGAGGAAGUCCAGAAGAUGCCAAAGAAGUGAUGACACACAAGUUCUUCAAUUCCAUCAACUGGCAAGAUGUCCUUGAAAAGAAGCUCAUCCCACCGUUCAAGCCACAAGUGACCUCAGAAACAGACACACGCUACUUUGACGAUGAGUUCACUGCACAGACCAUUACUGUCACGCCACCUGACCAAUAUGACAGUCUUGAUGCGGAGGACCCAGACACACGCACACACUUCUCGCAGUUCUCCUACUCCGCCAGUGUGCGGGAAUGACCGUCCUCCCCCACUGUCUCGCUUUUACCAGCAAACCGGAUGCCCCUCACAAACAAACACAAGCGCAUUCAAGGACAUGCACCAGCAACCCCAGACCUCAGAGGAGCGGGUUCUAGACGAACACGCAGGCGGGAGCACAGCACCUGUGAACGGUCCCGAACAGGCGGUACCCUCUGGCCAGUCCUGGUUUCAGAUUGGCUUUUCAAUCAGCCAAUCAUAGCCUGACACUACACACUGCAACGUAAUCCACCAAUCAUUGAAUAUAGACCAUCCAACCAAUCAGGUACCAAGAAGAAUGCAGCUUAACACCAGCAGGUUUCAGGACACACCCGCAAACACACACUCAAAACACUGGACUACAGGACAAAAGCCUCUUGUAAACACAACUAUUGAACACACUCUAAAUCAUCAUGUGGGAACAAGAAAGAUGGAGUAAUUUGGACUCAUCCCACUGAUUGUUACAGUUUUAAAGCCAUAUUUCUGCAAUUGUACAAGUGCUCUUUCUGCAACUAGCUGUUACCAAUAGUGUUUAACUGUUUUUACAGCCAGAGAGACAGAGAAAGACACUGAAAGACUGGUAAUGGGGUAACAGAGAGAAAUAGUGCUGUUUUUCGCCUGGGCGGCGUAUCGAAUGCUGUGCGAAUGUGUGUGUGUGUGUGUGUGUGUGUGUGUGUGGAUGAAUUUGUGAGUGUGUGGAUGGAUGCGUGUUCUCAGUCUACAUCUUAAACUGUGUCUUUUUGCGUUUUGAUUUUGUACAUGGGCAUAACGUUAGGGAACAGAACGGGGGGUGGGCUAACUAGGGGCUCGUGGGGCUCACAAACUAUAGAUGUGAAAACGUUUAUGCUUUAAAGGGAAGAGAGAGAGAGAGAGAGAGAGAGAGAGUGAUCUAGUGUGUUCAUGGGGAGGCCAUGGUUUCCUCCCCAACUGGGAAACUUGAAACCAGCAUCAGAGGCUGUUUGUUUUAAGGUAAGUGUAUUAUCGAAACUGUCUUAUGUUGGUUUGAUCCUCUCUACAGUUUUGCAGGCAUUGACGUUGAGAUUUAGAAGCAAAAAAAACGACAAAAAAAGCAAGGAUUUGUAUCGCAAGCUCUCUUGACAUUUAAUUAUGAAUUAUGAAUGAUAUAAACUGUAGAUAUCUACAUUUCAGUUUUCGCUAGUUAAAAUGCAAACUCUUGAUAUCAGUAAUUACGUUUGCACUUGUAAAAACGUUAAUUCUUUAUCAAAUGAUGUCAUGACUUACGGAAAUGCCCAUCCUUGAUAUCAAAAAUGGAAUUUCAAUUAGUAAAAAAUAUAUUUAUGAUCAUAAGUUAUUGAUAACUGUAAUUAUUGACUGUAAAAAAAAAAAGAUUUUAUAAUUUUUUUUUUUUUUUUAUAUCAACAAUUUCAUUGUUACUAGUGCAAAUGUCCGUUCCUGAUAUCAACCAUUGAAUUACAGCUAAUAAAAAUGCUCAUUUUUGAUAUUGGUAAAUUAAGUUGAACAUGUUAGAUCCAGUAUUUCAGAUAUCAAGAAAUGGAAGAGGAUUUAAGAUAGUUGCAUUACAUUACAAAUACUUGAACAUGCAAUGAAUUGUUUAUAUCAGGAAUGGAUAUUUGUAGUAGUACAAUGUAAUUACCGAUAUCAAAAAUGAUAGUUUUACUAGUAAUACAUUGCUGAAAUGUGAAAUUGGAAUUUCAAUUAGUAAGACAAUAAUUGUAGAUAUCUGUAAUUGUGUUUUGAACAGGGGUGACCGAUCAUUGUGAAACUCUACUUGUGUGUUAAAUAUCAGUAAUUUUUAUUUUUACUAGUUGAAAUUCCUUUUUUGAUAUCAAGAAUUGGCAUUUCUGCUAGUAACGGUGUCAUUUCUUUAUAUCAUGUUUUUACUUGUGCAAACUUGGUUACUGAUAUCGAUCAUUUGCAUUUCCACUAGUAGUAAUUCCAUUGCUGAUAUCAAGAAUUAGCAUUUAAACUACAGAAAACUGAAUUCUAGGUAUCUAACAUUUCAUAUCAUGCACAAUUAAAAGUCCUUUCGGCUUGCCAUAGAUUUGAAUGUCCUGUUAUUUAACAGCUGGAGUUACUGGGUCAGCAUGUUGGUCUGUAAGUAACAAGACCGACUGGUUAAAGUAGCAAACACCGACGUGCUACACCAAUGUUGUUGCAGCCUUGACACUUUUUUUCAUUUCUCCUUUUUUUAUUAGUGUAGUAAGACAAAAAGAAAACUUGGUUAGGAUGUUUGAGAGGAAAUGUUCAACUUCAUCUCCAGAUGUGUAACUUUUGUGUCGUUCUCUGGACAGAAACUGUCGGAACAUGCCGCUUAGAAGUGUGAGGUGUUAUUUUCUUCUUUUGCCUUUUUAAAGAUGAUUCAUGUAAGAAUUGUUUUGUUUAUUCAUUUUAUUUGUAUCAUUUUUUUUCCCCUUUGUUCUUUGUCCACCCACUCCCUGAAAUUUGUCUUGAUUAAAAUAUAUAAAAUAUAUAUUACAAUAGUCAACCUUUUUGUCCUUUUGUUCUUUUAUCCUCCAUUUGUGUGUGUGUGUGUGUGUGUGUGUGUGUGUGUGUGUGUGUGUGUGAGAGAGAGAGAGAGAGAGAGAGAAAUAUGGUAGUCAUAGUAUGUAAUUGCAACAGGAAUUCAUUUGAGAUAUAUAUAUAUACGACUAUCAUUUGUGUUGUUACAUGAUACAAGCAUCCCUCCUCCAUAAACGCACAUUUUAUUACUCAUACAAAAGGUCUUCACAGAACCGAUGCGCUUCUGUGGGUCUUAUACACUUAUGCUUAGUCUCUAAAUCUAGUGAGCUGCCUACCUACAGGGCAUUUGUGGCCAUCAUGGUCACAAAUGCUGUCAGGGUUAGGCAGCUAAACUAGGUUGAGACACAGCCCUUAUUGCCUUGACUGAGAAAGGCCGCCAGAUGGCGACACAUACCGGUGUGAUUACAUAUUACACCGCAAACAUUCAUAACAAUAUUUGACAUGCGCACUCUAGUUCCCGCCUUGAUAUUCCAAUAUAGUUUUUAAAAGGAACAUUUUUGAGGGGGGACACAUCUAAAAUGGUAUGCUGUGGCGAUUUCACUCAUUUCUCUUGUGUAUAUAUACCUGUAGGACAAAUCAGCUUUAAGUUGAAAUUAUUAUUUUGCAGCUUUAACCAUCGACUGCUCUGUCCUGAAUGUGAUGAACAACAUGAAUGUCGUCAUUUGCUGAUAUUGAAAUAUUUCAGCAAACUUCUGAGGGAUUUGUUUUGCUACGGAGUGCUAUGAGUUAUGCUUUGCUUUUAGGACAUUCAUGCAAGUAAAUACUUUUAUCAAAAA